CGGGUGGGGGGGGGGGGGCGGGCCGUCGAACUGUUGGAAGAGCUGGAUGUUCCUCCGCCCGGGUGUAUUUAUUAAAACAAUACAGUAUUGGAGAACUGUAAUGCAAAUUUCCUAACUAGAAUAACCACAAGAAAAGUCGCCACAACAAUAUUUCCAUCAAUAACAUAACCAUUGCAUGAUUUUAGCCUUCAACGCAGAAGUUCGGUAUGAGUCAGUGGGAGAAGCUAAAACAACUGGAUACAAAGUCCUUGGAGCAGUUGCAUAAUCUGUAUCAGGAUGAAAACUUUCCCAUGGAUGUACGAGAAUAUCUUGCUCAUUGGAUUGAAACUCAGGAUUGGGAAAAGGCAAUAACAAAUUACUCAUUGGCCACCAUCCACUACCAAAAUCUGUUGGAUCUAAUCAACAAUCAAUACAGCCGCUUUAUGCAGGAGAAGUUGUUUAUAUGCCAGCACAAAUUCAAGAGAUACAGGCAAAAUAUGCAGGCUACUUAUGGAGACGACCCUGUGCUCUUGGCAAAGAAUGUCGCUUCUUACCUGAUGCAGGAGAAGAUGAUCCUAAGCAAUGUUGUAGAGGAUCACCAGGCUGUCAUGGGCCAACCUCAACCUGUGGACUUUGAAAGGCACCAGAACGUUGUACAGAAACUUAAUGCACUGAAAAAUGGCGUACAGGCUGGUGAACAGGAGUUGAAGUUCCUCGAAGAACAGCAAGAUGAAUUUGAUUUCAAAUUCAAGACUUACAAGUUUCAAGAAUCGAACAAUUCCGAGAAGCAGAAGGAAGAAGAAUUGCAGGUGCUACAGAAGAUGCUAAAUAUUCUGGACUGCAAUAGAAAAAAAGUCCUUCAGAAGUUUGCAGAAUUCAUAAACGAAGCUGAGGUGCUCCUGAACACGCUGGUGAAAGAGGAGCUGGCAGACUGGAAGAGGCGGCAACAGAGUGCCUGUAUCGGUGCCCCUGUGAAAGUUUGCUUGGACCAGCUGGAGAACUGGUUUACUGCAUGUGCAGUGUGUUUGUUUCAAGUGAAAAGGCUGCUGAUAAAGCUGGAGGAACUGGGAGAUAAAGUGACUUACGAUAAGGACCCUUUUAAAAUACAAAGACCUACUUUGGAGAAGCUUGUUAAAACUCUGCUGACCAACCUCAUUAAAAGUGCAUUUGUUGUGGAGAAUCAGCCUUGUAUGGCUCCUCAGAGUAAGAUGCCCUUGGUUUUGAAAACAAGCUCGCAGUUCUCCGUGAAGCCCCGUCUGUUGGUGAAACUGCCGGAGGUGGCAAAUCAUCUAAUGAAAGUGAAAGCUUGCAUCGAUAAGAGUUCACCAAACGGAAAAGGGUAUCGCAAAUUCAAUAUUCUCGGCACAAACGAGAAGGCAAUGAACAUGACGGAAUCCAAGUUUGGGGGCUUGUGCGUUGAUUUCCGACAUUUGCAACUUAAGGAGCAGAAGUCUCUUAUUGGAGGCAAAGGAAGCAAUGAGACGUCCCUUGUUGUAACAGAAGAGCUCCAUCUAAUUAGCUUUGAGACAGAGCUGGUUUACCAAGAUCUCAUCCUCAAACUUGAGACAAGUACUUUGCCUGUUGUUGUCAUCUCAAAUGCCAGCCAGCUCCUCAGCGGCUGGGCUUCAGUGGUUUGGUACAACAUGCUCUGCAGUGAUCUUCAGAAUAUGACAUUCUUUUCUAACCCUCCCACGGCACUAUGGAGUCAGCUCUCGGAGACACUGAGCUGGCAGUUUUCUUCAAACACCAAGAGACAUUUGGACACUGAGCAGCUUGACAUGUUGUCAGAAAAAUUAUUUGGGCCUCAAGAAAACUAUGCAGACUGUUACAUUAGUUGGGCAAAGUUUUCAAAGGAGAAUUUACCAAGACAGAACUUCUCCUUCUGGCUCUGGUUGCAAGGGAUCCUGGACCUUAUUAAGAAAUACUUUGAGAAUAUCUGGAAUGACGGGCACAUCAUUGGGUUUGUGAGCAAGAAGAGAGAACGCAAAUUGUUAAACGACAAGCAGUCUGGCACGUUCCUGCUUCGCUUCAGUGAGAGCAGUAAAGAUGGUGGUAUUACAUUCACAUGGGUAGAGCACUUACCCAACGGGGAUUGCAAAAUUCGAUCUGUGGAACCGUACACCAAGGGUCACCUGACCAACAUCCCUCUCUCAGAGAUUGUUCGAUUCUACAAAGUAAUGGCAGAGGAGAAUGUCCCUGAACACCCCCUGCUUUAUCUGUACCCAAACAUUCCCAAGGAUGAGGCAUUUGGGAAAUAUUACUUGGAUUCAGAUGCAGACGUGCAGUUGAAGCACAAUAAAUACUUGAGAACCCGAUUAAUUGUGGUAUCGGAAAGGCCACCUACGGAAAUCCCCCCUGCAAUGAUAGAUGAAGGCCUCGUGGAGGAUCUGCCAUUGCUAAGCGAUUUGAUGGAAUGGUUGUGAGAGAAACGUCUUACAGAAUGAGUGAUGACUUUGUGUAUUCAAGAGAGCUCUUUCUGAUGCAGAAUAAGUCUUCAAUGUUAUGGUUUCUGGUUAGGACAUGGAACCUCCUCCAAUUUCAAUACUCUGUAUGCUGUACAGAAUUUGUUUCCAAAAUGUGCUUAAUUCUUAGAAUGAUGCGCACUUAUUGAAAACAGACCUUUUAAAGUUCUUAACGUAUUUUGUAUGUGAGUAAAGCAAACCAAGACUGAUGAUGCACUUAGGGAGGGUUUGGGUUUCCAGCAGGGAACUAUCUAAUUCUCGUGAUUAAGACGUUGGAAUCAUGUUGGAAGAAGAUUUUAUCUGGACUAGUAUUACAUUGAAGAAACUUUGGCAGUAAAGGAAGAAUGCGGCUGUUCCUCUUAGCCCUUAUCCUCAAUCUAAAUCAACACUAAAUUGAUGUCUUUCCCUGCCUGAAUGCCAUUGCUCUGCUGCACGAAAUCACUUGCACACGCAAGAAUUUUACUGUUUGGGCAUAAUUCUGAAUUUUAAACAAUGUUGUCAUUGUACAGAUUAAGUGUGCCAUUCCCAUAUUUUCUCAUUUUUGCACUGCACUUUAAAACUGUGGUGGGGGGGGGGGGGGUCAUUUGUCCACUAUUGUGAUAGUUUAUCAUCAUGCUUGCGGAGAGGAAAUGUGGCGCUGUUUCGAUUAUGACUCCAUUUUGCUGCUUUGUGAGGUCGCUAGCUUUUGUCCAUCAUGUUUAGAAAUGUUGCCAUCUUUUGGCUUCAUUUCUGCAGUGCGUCCAAACGCACCAUUGUGGUUGAUACACAAAUGCCACUAGCUUUGCUGCUUCUGCUUCGAGCUCCACUGCUGAACUUGUGCAUGGAGCCUGGACUGAGAAAAUGUGACUGUCUUUGGAUAAGAUAAAGGCCCCACUUGUCUCCUUGAUGUUUGAAAAAGCAGAAGAUUUACAAGAUUCUUUCUGCCGAUUCCCCUAAAUGACACAAAUGAACUUGGUUUCCUGUUAAAAGUAUUCUUUAUUUUUGUUCACCGCUGAUUAAAUAUGCUCACUGCAGAGAAGCGCAGGUUUAUCAGCUGUUGUAUAAACAGUUGAUGCUUAUCCUCCAUGUUCUUGCCACUGUGUGUUGCAAGAGGUUUCCUUCCAUUUUUAAGGAUAAUUAAUGAUAUGCCACAAGAGUACCUAUGUGGGAAACUAUUCCAUAUUAGCUGAUAACACCACAGAGAAGAGACUCUCUUUUUCUUGUAUAUUCAACUCUAAGGCUUGUUUUAGGGACAUCCAAAGACUAAAACCAACCCAAUGAGGUUGCAUUGUUUAAAAUUUUCUAACAAAAGGCCCCUAUUUUGUGUUUCUUUUUAAAACUCCCAAUUUGCUUUCUCUUUUGAGCAUCUUACAAUUGUAAGAAAUGCAGGAAAGGGUUCUGUACAGAAAUGCUGUACUGUCUGGUUUUGAAAGUUGGGCUUCAAGAAAAAGGAAGAUGGCUGAUAGCUGGACGUUGAAAAUAGCAUUUUAUGCUCUUUUGUAGCUGCUAUAUUGGAUGAGUUAGAGUCAAGCCUGGCUGCUCAAUGUGUUUUAGGUUUGAAAACAAUUUAAAUUCUUCAGGCUUGAGUAAGGUUCAGAUUAGGUCAGGUCAGGUUGGAUAUUUGUAAAUAUACCAAACUGGUUCUAGUUAAGGCUUGACGUACCCAGGUCUCACUGGCUCAAUGGGUAGUAUUCUUGCCUCAGAGUUGGUUGCUUCAUCUUGCUCCAGAGAUUUGAGCAUGAGAAGAUUCAGUUGACAUUCCAACUGCAGUGCUCCAGCAGUAAUGCACUGACAGUGGCUCUUCCUUCAGAUGAGAUGUUGAAUGUGAAAAAUCUCAUGAUGCCAUCUUGAAGAACAGGGGAGUUAUCCUUGGUGUACUGAGCAAUACGUAUCUCAGUUUACAUUUUUAUAAUGUAAUAUUAUUAUCAUGCAGCUUUGUUGGAGCUUGUUCAGCACAAAAUGGCUGUCACACCUCCUACAUCACAACAGUGACUGCUUCAAAUGUACUUCACUGGUGACAAACUGGGUUCUUUUACCCUCGAUCUGGUUUUGUAAAUAACUAAAACAAAUACACCGGUCUUGGUUCAACAAGUUUAUUCUGUUUUCACCCCAGGGGAUUACUUUAGUCCACAGCCACCAACUCCCCAAGGAGUCCAAGGUGUUCCCCAGAGUAAGUGAUAUUUAAUAUAAAAAAUCCAAACGUUCACAAUUCGGUGGUACCCCCCCCUUUCAGUUGUCAAAUCAUUAUCCAAGAAUAUCAACUGCUAACAGUUCUUUUUGCCCUAAUUGGCUGCAGUUAGGGAGUUCCAAGCCGCAUCUUGUUAUUGCAAUUAUAACAACGGUAGCGGGCUACUCCCGAAGGUCAUAUGCUGAGAAAGAAAUGACUCCCUGCUGAUAGUUCAGAUACGGCCCUGAAUAAGCUGAAUUUGUGUCAAUUCGGACACUAUAUUUGGUGCUCUGUAUUCUACCACCAUUUGCCGUAUUUUUCCACUGCGUUUGGUACUGCUCGUAUACUUUCUCACUGCUUCUAGAGCAUUUGGGAUUACCUGAGGCCAAGAAAGGCAGUGAAGAAAUGCAACUUGAUUGUCUUUGUAAUAGGACUGACACGUGCUCUUGUGCAAUAGGUUUCUGGAGCAGAAAUGUCCGAGUUUCUGGAAAAUAACCUUAUAUGCAGAAUUCAUGUUUUAAAACUGAUGGAUAUUGUUUAAGAGCUUAAAUCAUCAUGGAAUACACCAGAACAUUGUCUGGAUCAAGAUUUAGUUGUAUCUAGAUUUGCAGAAGGUCUUUGCACCCCAUAAUAGACGAUGAAGGUCAGAAAUAAAGGGUAGCUUAUUGCAGUGAAGCAAAGUGCUUUGGGGUGUGUUCCACUCGAAUCAUGGGACCGUGACUGACCAUGGUUUAUAUUACUGAUUUUAAAUUCUGGAAUCAAAAACCACAAUUUCUAUAAACUAGCAAAAAGGACAAAUUAGUGUUAAAAGUGGGGUUGACACUGAGAAAUGUGAGGUGGAACAUUGACGGGUCACUUGAAACCUAUAACAUUGUGGGGAGAUCUUUGACUUUUAUUUCUCAAAACACAUGUAGGGUCGGGUUUUGAGAGUCUACAUUCUGAAGAUGUUGCUGCUCUUUAAUAUCUAACUGAAACACCCUUGGCACUACCCACAAACUCUACACUCUGUAUGCACUAUAAGAAUACAGAUCUUCAGACAUUAGGAAGUUGAAGUAGCGCAGCUGACAUACGAACUUCAGUUUCCAUGUUGCUUGCUGGUAUAUGUACUUGAAGUGUGGUUCACUCUGUGUUUAUAUUUUGAAGAUAUUUGAAGGUAUAUUUUCAAUAUAUUGCAAGCAAGAAACAAUGCUUUUGCACGGGUCAAAAGUACCUUCUACACUCACCUGAGACUGCUCAUUGCAAGUUGUCUUAAAAUGUAAUCAAAAACUGUGGUAGGAACACUUGACUUGAUUUACGAUUUAUACAUGCCUUCAGCUUCAGCAGUACUUCAUAUUUCCCCUCACGUUCUUACUUGUUUUGGCAAUCUGGUUCAGGAAGUUGUUCUUGUACCCAGAUUGCAUGGCUAACCACUUUCUGGAGGAGUAAAUAUUUUAGGGCUCCUUGCAGACAUGAAUUCCACUUGUAGUCACUGUCAAGCUUCUCCAGUAGUUCAGUUGCAAUCUUGAGCUAUCUGGUUGAGGGAGAAUUUCUUCCGUGUACUCGAGUUCCCAAUCAGUAGAACAUGCGUUAAAGCUUUAAGACAUUCUGCAUGCUCAGUAAUAAUAAUCAUAGUGGCUCCAGCAGCGCUGAGCAAGAAUAGCCUGCUGAAGGUGAAACUUUCAUGGUUUUAUAUCAUCAGUUACCAGACCAUCACCAAUGCCAGACUGUACUGACAUGUAGUGCCAUUCCAUUCUUUGUUUGUUCUGAAUAGUUUAUUGAAUAAUGCACUGCGUCUGCAUUGUAGUUUUGCGAUUUGAACGGAAUAAACCAACUUCCAUGCACUUAAA